AUGAGACUGGGCUGCAAUGAGUCAACUGUCAACCGGGGCGGACUGUCCUCAGUGUGCCCCAACCGCGUCACGUCGCAAGGGCGGGGAUUGGCUCGCGUAAAAGGCGUCGGGGAGUCAACACGCGCGAGUCAGAAGGUCGCCCCGUGGUGCAAUGAAAGUGAGGGCCAGCACGCACUGGCUGAGGUGGGAUCCCGGUCCAUCGGGGUCGGGCGCACCACCAGCCCGUCUCGCCCGCAUCGUCGGGGAGGGGGAGCAUGCAAUAGGACCCGAAAGAUGGUGAACUAUGCCUGGGCAGGGUGCAGCCAGAGGAAACUCUGGUGCAAGCCCAUAGCGGUCCUGAUCGCUUUGAAGGAUCCAUGGAGGAAAAUAGCCUGGGGAAACAAUGCUAGGGAUCUCCAAUAUGUGAAGGAUUAUGAGCCUGAAAACGAUGACAUCAAACAUGUCCGAAUCCUUCUGUACGGACCCGUUGGAGCUGGAAAGUCCAGCUUCAUCAACUCUGUCAGCAACGUCCUACGAGGCAGAAUGACUACUCCUGCUUUGACCAGUGCAACUACCUCUGACAGAAGUUUCACCACAAAAUAUGAAACUCAUAAAAUCAAAAAAGGAAGAGGAAAGUCAAAGACGUAUUAUCCUUUCGUCUUCAAUGACAUCAUGGGUCUGGAGAAAGGGGAUGGAGUUCGUGCUGAUGACAUCAUACUGGCCCUGAAAGGACAUGUGAAGGAGGGAUACAAGUUCAACCCUGCAUCUCCACUCUCAGUUGAUGAUCCAUGGUACAACCCUUGUCCAUCUCCAGAUGACAAAGUUCAUGUUCUGGUUUGUGUACUUUCUGCUAAUGCGGCGGAAAUUACAGACUCAGUUCUGAAGAAGAUGGCAGAAAUCAGAGAGGCAGCCAGUGACCUGGGGAUUCCCCAAAUGGCAAUAGGCACCUACAUUGAUUUAGCCUGUGAUGAAACUGAAAAGGAUCUGAAGAAUGUGUACAAGAGCAAACACCUGAAGAAAAAGGUAUUUGACUUCAGCGCUUCAGUGGGAAUCCCAGUGAACUGCAUCUUUCCUGUGAAGAACUACACUGAUGAAAUCGACAUUAAUGAUGAUGUCGACUCUCUGAUCCUGAGUGUACUGAGAACAAUGAUCAACUUUGGAGACGACUUCAUUGACAAAUGA